UGAUCUGAUCUUCUCACCCUCGAUGAACACUCCGGAUAUGGAUUCCAGGUCAACGAUAAAUAUUUUGUUUUUGGCUUGUACGUCCAAUAAACAAUACUACAUUAUAAACUUGCAGGUUAUCAAUGAAAGACAUUGUUUAUUGGACGUACAAGCCAAAAACAAAAUAUUUAUCGUUGACCUGGAAUCCAUAUCCGGAGUGUUCAUCGAGGGUGAGAAGAUCAGAUCAUUAGAGAGACACCCACUAAAAUUAGGUGAUACAUUCAGCGUAGGCAGACAAUCGAAGGCUAAAAUAGAAUUAGUUGGAAGAGAAGACCAGCCUUCUACGUCUCAAGCUAAACGAAGGAAGAUAGUAACGUUUGUUGAUUUGCCAACCUCAGGAGGAAUUAAUAAUUCCAUUUUGUCUGAUCUGGAUCUGCAGCCCGGCUGCUCUACACAGGUAGAAACAGAAAUGGUAGGUGUCUUUCUUUAUUAGUUAAAUUCGAAUUUAUCUUCACACCCUUUGAAAUGGAAGGGAUAGUCACGUUUGUUAUUAACCGAAUAGUGAUGAAUAAACGCGCGAUUUUUCCUCCUUCCUUAUUUUCAUAGCAUUUAUUUUUCAACUGUCAGUUUUCACAAACGAUGUGACAGAAAAAUUACUACCCCGGAUACGAAUUUUUCCCUAGUUGAU